UCCCCGCUACAGCCGCUAUAAAAGACGUCGCCCAAACCAGCUUCGCGCUAUUACGACAGUGUCUCUGUGAUUUUCUCCGUCGUUGUACAUUUCAUUCCUCAUAAGAUGCAGACGUGGGCGUUGGUGGUGUGCGCGGCCGCGCUGGCGGCGCUAACCGGCGCGCAGAAGCCGGGUCGCUUCCUCUCACUGCCGCAGCCGCAGAAGUGCGCCAACAGACCAAAGGAAUUUUUCUACCGCGGCCAUAACUACUUCUUCACGGGACACGUGCCCUCGCUCGCCAACAAGAAGUUCGACUGGCUGGACGGACGCAACAUCUGCCGCGAGUACUGCAUGGACCUCGUAUCCAUGGAAACGCAGGAGGAGAAUAAUCUCAUCUUCAAACUUAUACAGACGAACGACAUACCUUACAUUUGGACAUCUGGUCGUCUCUGCGACUUCAAGGGUUGCGAGUCUCGCAAAGACCUCGAACCGAAGAACAUCUUCGGGUGGUUCUGGUCCGCGAACAGGGAAAAGAUGUCGCCCACCAACCAGAUUCCCAACGGUUGGGGUUACAACCCUUGGUCUCAAACCGGUCACAAGAAACAGCGUCAGCCUGACAACGCGGAGUUUGACAUCAACGGUACUACAGAAUCCUGCUUGAGCAUUCUCAACAACGUAUACAAUGACGGCAUCGCGUGGCACGACGUCGCCUGCUACCACGAAAAACCCGUCGUCUGCGAGGACUCUGAAGAACUUCUUAAUUACGUCGCCAGUACCAACCCUGGCUUACGUCUGUGAUUUAAACCUACAUUUUAAGGUCACGUAUUAGGCAAUUUCAAAUUUCGAACAGGUUAUAAGGAUUUCAUAGACAAUCCAAACUAUUUUUUUUAUUUUUAUUUUAAAAAUUAUUCUGACCCGUUUUAGGCUGUACACUCGUAAUGUUCAUUUACUGCCGUUUUAAAAGUUAUCAAAGAAUCAAUGAAUUUUAAAAUAACUGUUUUUACCUACAAUUGUUAUUUUACAUUGGAACUUGCCACAGAUUGGAUAGUGAUCUCUUCCAGCCGCACUGCCUGAAUACCGUCGUACAUUAUGUACAGAAUAUAAUUUAAGACUUACGUAAGUUUAACUAAGUGUAUUUACAUAAGGGAAGAAUUUCUAUUUGUAUAUAAAAUAAAACUUUUAGAAAAAUAA